AUGCGCGGUGUGUUUUUGACGAAGUCCGUCUGGCACGUUGUCAACCGUGAAGUGACUCCGACUUUCACCGACCCGCGAGCGUCCGAUGACUACGUCAAGGCAAGCAACGUCGCGUUUGGUAUGAUGCUGCUGCACAUGAACGCGGACUACCAUCAUGUGCUGGACAACUGCGAGGAAGCCUGGGUUGCGUGGACAAGUCUGAAGACGCUGUACGGUGGGUCGCAGAAGGCAGGACGCAUCUACCUCAAGCGACAACUUUUCAGUAUCAAGAUGGCUGAAGGCGCGAAUGUCAUGCAUCACUGCUGUUGA